AUGAAUCGCUUCAACCACAUGAGCAUUCGGCCGCUUUUUCCCUCUCUCCCCAGACUCUCAGAGAGUGCAGAGUGCAGAGAGCGACCUCCAGAACACAGGCCUCGAACCAAUCGACUAUGCACGCCAUCGCUGCCGCUGCCCAUGCCCCACACUAUACUUUUUCUUUUCCUCGCUCUCUUCAUUUAUAAAAAAGCAACGUGCAUAUAGCGCAUUGCCCUACAAGGCCGUUCAAACACCCAUCAUACAAGCAACUAAAGUACACAAUCAUCUGAUUUUCCACCUCUCAUGCCAUCUUGUCAUGCAAAUCCACCCACCCCACCCACAACUGACAUGUUCCUACUUUUUUUUUUAUCUUCGCUCACCGACUCAUACCACUUACACACCGGAAUCGUACGUCCAAAUAUCC